AUGCCCGCAGGCGAACCCCAAAUGAGUGUGGUAAAAAACUGCCUUCAAAAGGAGAUGGUGAUGGUGUUGGAUGGAGCAGAAAAUGACAAGACGGCAGGUGACAAGUUCCAGAUGGUUGAGAUGGACGGCAAGAAACCAUGUGAUACUCACACUGCGGCCACUCGUAUUAUUCCGCUAGCCCAACCGCUGCCUGAGUUUCAACUACAGUUUGACAGCAACAAGGCUGGUUUGGAUUCGGCGGAUGCGAACAAGACGACAGCUAUCAUCCAAGAGGCAUCGAAAGGUUCCAAUUAUUACAUAAACGAGCGGCGAAAGGCUGAGAUCCGGCAGAAACACGUGCUGCAGUUGCGUCAGAAUUCAGCGCAAUUCGCACAAUACAUGAGUGGAGAAAAGAAUGCAGCAUGCAGAAAGCAGUGGGAGAGGAAAGUUAGUCAAAUUGAACAAGAACUGGAGGCAGGACGUCAUUUCCGCAACUAUGUGCACGUGGACAUGGACAUGUUCUAUGCCGCAGUGGAGAUGAAGAAGAAUCCCUCACUUGUGGACGUCCCGUUGGGCGUGGGGACCUUUGAUAUGCUCUCCACAACCAACUAUGUGGCACGGCGCUACGGCGUGCGCUCCGGGAUGCCCGGGUACAUUGGCGUGAAACUGUGCCCGUCACUCGUUAUUGUGCCAACAGACUUAGAUGCCUACCAUGCAGAGGCCGCCGUGGUACGUGGCAUUGCGGCCGCGUACGACCCAAACUUCACCAGCGUGGGUCUUGACGAACUGACAAUGGAGGUGACAGCGUACCUGCAGCAGCACCCCGGCAUGACCGCGGGGGAUGUUGCGUCCGAGUUCCGUGCACGCGUGUUUGCGGAGACGCAAUUGACGGCCAGUGCUGGCAUUGGCCCGACGGCGACACUCGCCAAGAUUGCGAGUAACUACGAGAAGCCGAACGGCCAGCACGAGCUCCGUCUGCGGACGCGGCAGGAUGUCAUGGAGUUCAUGAAGGAUCUUCCCGUGCGCACAGUGCCUGGGAUUGGCCGCUCCACAGAAAGCAUCCUUCACGGCCUUGGUAUCAACCUUCUUGGGGAGAUAUACGAUCGGCGUGUUGAGCUGUGCUACAUCCUGACAGAGAAGACAUUUUGCUUUCUUUUAGGCUCUUCUAUGGGCGUGGUGCGCUGGAUGGACGCCGACACGAAUGAUGGAAGUGAGCGAACGACGGAGGCUGAACGGAAGUCUAUCGGUAUGGAACGCACAUUUAGAAACCUCUCAAGUCGCCUGGAGUUGCAGCAGAUUGCACAUUCAGCCCUGCAGACGGCGCAUCGUCGACUUGAGGAAAAUGAAUUGUUUUGUAGACAAAUCGUCCUGAAGACCAAGCGGGCGAGCUUUCAAGUGCAUCAGUACUCCAAAAAUUUGCCACAACACUCGGAUGAUUUAGAGACUCUCCGUCGUGGAGUUGACGAGCUUUUGCUUCGUAUUGCGGACCAAUACGCGUUCUUGCGACUGGUGGGUGUGCGGCUGGCGGAUAUCAUCACAAAGUCUGAGUACGAGGCUCUGCAGCGGGGUGGCAUGCAGCGUACUCUGUUGCAGUACUGCAGUCGUAGCUAUUCCAAUUCUCGCACGGCAAGUUGUGGGGCCAAAAACCCAAUAAAAGAAGAAGUGAAGUGUAAGGAUGAGAAUAAUGGUGUCGAGGUGUUGUGUUGCUCAGCGAAUAGGGAUGCAAUGUACGAUGAGGAGGGUGACGAUGAUGUGGUGUGUGUGAGUCCACCGGUGAAGUUGAGGCGGUCUGAAGGUAACAGUAGUGGUGGUGACGACAUCAUCGUGAUUGAUUGA